UAAACUCCCCUGGUUGAUAAAGUGCGAUUUCCGAAUGUUUUUGUCAAAAAUACUUUUCAAAAAGGGAGCAAAAUCCCAUCUCCUACCUUAGUGUUGUGACUUCUUGUAGUCGUUCUGUUCGACUCGCAACAAGACCUAGAGCAAGAGAUGGAUUCUGAGUAUGUUCCAGACGGACGUCUUCUAGACAUUGUUGAUGAUGCGUGGAGGAAAGACAAACUGCCACACGAUGAUAUUGCUGUACCUCAGGCUGAGCUUCCAGAUGUGUUUGCAGAUGAUGGUAUGUCAGCGGAGACUAUAAAAGAACAAGAAGAAAAAUGGACAGACCUCGCUUUGCAGAACCUUCAUGACCCCCAGGGGUCAGGUCAGGGGUCAUGAGAUGUCAUCACUUAAUAAUAAGGACCUCGUCGAUGGUGCAACUGUUCUCUCUUGGGUGCUACAUGUAGAUGGUUUGUGAUGGAUUGAAGAUACACAUUACUACCGUGUCAUCAUUUGGGACGCAUUCUCAUUGAACAAUUUCCUUUGUGAAGCAUGGCCACACAAAAUGCCUCAGUUACUAACAGUGUUCACAAAGCAACGUAAUAAUAAUGGCUUCUUUAUAUAUCGCUCAUAUCUGUCACUCAGUGGUGACACUCAUUCGAGGCGCUUCAACAUUCAGUAGUUUCUUUCAAGGUAUUUGGGACUACUAGGUUCGAAGUAUGAGACCUACUCCCUGUUUACAUAACAGCAGAUGCUGUGGCUUAAUAUGCAGACAAUCAAACCACGAAACCUGAGCAAACCCCUGCACUUUUGAUAAGUGCACUGGGCAAGUCUACCAAUCGUCAUUCCACAUCUCCUCUGUUAAACUCUCUACACUGGCUGCCAAAUGACAAAAGGAUCAAGUUCAAAACACUACUCUACAUCUACAAAGCUCUGAAUGAUCCGUCACCUGUCUACCUGAAAGACUGCAUUGCCACCCAUGUACCAUCUAGGGAAGGCCUGCGAUCAAGCCGGGACGUUACUCAUCUUUCAAUCCAAAAGAGUAACAGGCGGGUAGGCGAUGGAUCGUUCUGUGUUUUCGGGCCAACUCUCUGGAACACAUUACCUCAUAACAUAAGAUCCUCUCCAACAAUUUUUGCUUUCAAACGCAACCUCAAAACUUAUUUAUUCUAGUGUAUUAUAUUUGCUAUUGUUUGUGUGUAAAGCGCAUUGAUCAUUUUUUGUUUUAAUUGCGCUAUAUAAGAGCUGGUUUUAUUAGUUAUUAUUAAUCUAGAACAAUGUUUGUCUGGUACGGAUAUCUCUUCUCCAGUAAUUCAUGUUGCCAUAUCGCCUACAAUAACAAAGCAAUCGUCGCCAACAAGAAUACUACUAAGCACUAAACGAGGAAUGCGUCGUACAACAGCAAUAGAUGAGGUGGGCAUGCCUUAAUAAUAACAUUUCAUUUUAUUCAUAAACACCCAUAUUUCAACCGUUACCAUAGUGGUUACAGUACAAAUUUUACCCCAAAAAAAGCCCAUUACAAAACAUUCUUCUGACGCAUUAAGAAACCAACAAAAUUUGUCGUAUUUUCUGAAAAAUAUAUUUUAUAAAUAUUUUAUAAUAUACUCUUAAUAAUACCACCCAUAAGCAAGAAACUUUCAAUACAUUUUUGUUAUAUCAUUACACUUAUAGUGAUUUUUCUUUUUGCUUCAACCAGUGGGGGUGUGAGGGCUUUGUCGCACCAAGCAAUUUUUACAGCUUACUUAAAGGCAACCAUAGAAAUAAGACCCGAAGAAUGCCGAGUGGGACAUUGUGCGUGCAAUUUUGUUCUGAGACCAUCCAGUAGACGUCAUUGACCAAUGGAACCACGUAGUGUUGGUCUUUGUGCUCGCAUGUCACGAGGUGCGAUAAGCCACCUCCAAAGACGAUGCAUGGGGUAGUCAAGCUCAGCGUUCUCCGGGUUUGUUUUUCUAUGGAGGCAACCAAUUGCAGUCGGAUGGAAUAAACCAGGCCUGUAUGCGUGGUUGCUUGUAAAUUGCAAAUCUGACAUGGCCCUAACAAUUAAGACCAACCCUUUAUUUAAAAGGUCUGUUUCUGCUGAGCAUAAAUCAAUCAAUUGCAAAUCUGACAUGGCCCUAACAAUUAAGACCAACCCUUUAUUUAAAAGGUCUGUUUCUGCUGAACAUAAAUCAAUCUUUCUCAUCUGAAACGACAAAGUAACAAUGGAUUCUGAAUUUCUUGCUCGUUUUCCUGACAAAUGUUGUAACAUGAAACAUUGUCAUUAAAGAUACAAUAAAAGUUAUAAGUGAAAGUU